GCGUGGAGCUGCCCUGGAGGCGGGGGAGACGGUGGCUGAGCCCCAGCCCCGCGGCCGCCUGAUUAGCCGCCCAGCAGCUCACGCCCUCUGCCCUCGGAGCAGUCCGGGGAUCGCUCGGGAGCAGCGGGGGCAGGAGGCCCGAAGCGACGGAGCGUGCAGCAGCAGCAGCCGCCGCCUCCCACUCCCCGCCGGGCCAGCAACAUGAAUUGAAACCCGGAGAGAGACGCAGAAGCAGAGGCAGCGAGCGGGAGAGGCGCGCUGGGCUUUGGUGGCGUCCCCUCCACUGGCGGGCUCGGGCGCUGAGGCUGGGCUGCGAGAGGCUUGCCGGGUACGGGGCGGUUGGAAAACCUACUACAGCAAAAAGCAACCUCGACCCUUCUCCCACCUCCCCCCCACCGCCGGCUGCCCGGGAGGACAAGGGGAGUGGGUCCGCGCUUCUCCGCCCGCCAAAGGGGCGGCCGAGUCCCCGAUGGCUCUCAUCAUGGAACCCGUGAGUAAAUGGUCUCCGAGUCAAGUGGUGGACUGGAUGAAAGGUCUUGAUGAUUGCCUGCAGCAGUAUAUUAAGAACUUUGAGAGAGAGAAGAUUAGUGGGGACCAGCUACUACGUAUUACUCACCAAGAACUGGAGGAUCUGGGAGUCACCCGAAUUGGCCACCAGGAGCUUAUCUUGGAAGCAGUUGACUUGCUCUGCGCAUUGAACUAUGGUUUGGAAACAGAAAAUCUAAAAACCCUUUCUCACAAGCUAAAUGCAUCCGCCAAAAAUCUGCAGAACUUUAUAACUGGGAGGAGGAGGAGUGGUCACUAUGAUGGCAGGACGAGCCGAAAAUUACCAAAUGACUUCCUGACCUCUGUGGUGGAUCUGAUUGGAGCAGCUAAAAGUCUGCUGGCUUGGUUGGACAGAUCACCUUUUGCUGCUGUGACAGAUUACUCAGUAACGAGAAAUAAUGUCAUACAGCUCUGCCUGGAAUUAACAACAAUUGUACAACAGGAUUGUACAGUAUAUGAAACGGAGAAUAAAAUUCUUCAUGUGUGUAAAACUCUCUCUGGCGUCUGUGACCACAUUAUCUCUCUCUCAUCUGAUCCUCUCGUUUCGCAGUCUGCUCACCUUGAAGUGAUCCAGCUAACAAACAUAAAACCAAGUGAAGGGCUGGGUAUGUACAUUAAAUCAACAUAUGAUGGUCUCCAUGUAAUUACUGGAACAACAGAAAAUUCACCUGCAGAUCGGUGCAAGAAAAUCCAUGCUGGAGAUGAAGUGAUUCAAGUUAACCACCAAACUGUGGUGGGGUGGCAGUUGAAAAAUUUGGUGAAUGCACUACGAGAGGAUCCGAGUGGUGUUAUCUUAACUUUGAAAAAGCGACCUCAGAGCAUGCUUACCUCAGCACCAGCUUUACUGAAAAAUAUGAGAUGGAAGCCCCUUGCUCUGCAGCCACUUAUUCCUAGAAGUCCUACAAGCAGCGUUGCUACACCAUCCAGCACUAUCAGCACACCCACUAAAAGAGACAGUUCAGCACUCCAAGAUCUCUACAUACCCCCUCCUCCGGCAGAGCCUUAUAUUCCCAGGGAUGAAAAAGGAAAUCUUCCAUGUGAUGAUAUUGGCAGACAUAUAGUGGGCAAGCCAGUUCAUAAGGGUUCCGAAUCUCCAAAUUCAUUUCUUGACCAGGAAUAUCGGAAGCGCUUUAAUGUGGUUGAAGAAGAUGCAGUCUUAUACUGCUAUGAAUAUGAGAAAGGAAGAACAGGCGGCUCUGGGAGGAGAGAGAGCACUCCAACGUAUGGCAAACUAAGACCUAUCUCUAUGCCAGUGGAAUAUAACUGGGUAGGGGAUUAUGAAGAUCCCAAUAAGAUAAAAAGAGAUAGUAGGAGAGAAAAUUCAUUACUUCGCUAUAUGAGCAAUGAGAAAAUAGCUCAAGAUGACUACAUGUUUCAAAGGAAUAGCAAAAAGGAUACAGGGAAAAAAUCCAAAAAGAAAGGAGACAAGAAUAGUAGUCCAAGUCAUUACUCCUUGCUGCCUAGUUUACAAAUGGAUUCAUUAAGACAAGAAGUCAUUGGCACACCUGGGCCAGACACCACAUACUACCAUACCUUUCAGCAGUCUUCUCUACAACAGAAAACUAAAAAGAAAAACAAAGCUCCUAUUCCUGGUAAGAGCAAAAGGCGGAUUUCCUGUAAAGAUCUGGGCCGUGGGGACUGCGAGGGCUGGCUUUGGAAAAAGAAAGAUGCCAAGAGUUAUUUCUCCCAGAAAUGGAAGAAAUAUUGGUUUGUUCUGAAGGAUACUUCUCUAUACUGGUAUAUCAAUGAGGAGGAUGAAAAAGCAGAGGGAUUCAUCAGUCUACCUGAAUUUAAAAUUGAUAGAGCCAGCGAAUGCCGGAAGAAAUAUGCAUUCAAAGCCUGCCAUCCUAAGAUCAAAAGCUUUUACUUUGCUGCUGAACAUCUAGAUGACAUGAACAGAUGGCUAAACAGAAUUAACAUGCUUGCUGCUGGCUGUGCAGAAAGAGAGAGGAUCAAACAAGAGCAAGAUUACUGGAGUGAGAGUGAUAAGGAAGAAGCAGACACUCCAUCAACACCCAAACAAGACAGUCCACCACCCCCAUAUGAUACAUACCCACGACCUCCUUCGAUGAGCUGUGCAAGCCCUUUUGUGGAACCAAAACACAGCCGACUUUCAUCUACAGAAACUUCCCAGUCACAGUCUUCGCAUGAAGAGUUCCGUCAAGAAGCAGUAGGGAGCACCACCGAAUCACCUGUACGCAAAACAGCCAGUCAGCGACGUUCCUGGCAGGAUUUAAUAGAGACGCCACUGACAAGCUCAGGACUGCACUACCUUCAGACUCUGCCUCUUGAGGAUUCAGUGUUCUCUGACUCAAUUGUAAUCUCUCCAGAACACAGGCGGCAGUCAACUCUUCCAACUCAAAAGUGCCACCUACAGGAUCACUAUGGUCCAUUUCCCUUGGUAGAGGGUGAGAGAAAGCAAGUGCUAAAUGGGAAUGGGGGCAAGCCCCGCAGUUUUACUCUGCCUCGGGAUAGUGGGUUCAACCACUGUUGUCAGAACCUUUCGGUUAGUGCCUCUGAUCACCAGGAAGAUGUACAACAGAAAAAGUUAGAUGAGGAAGAGGAAGAAGGGAAAGCAGCAGCAGAAAACCAAGAAGAUAAAACUGAAACAGUAGAAGAAAAGCCAGCAGACUCCUUGCAAGAUUUGUACAGAGCCUUGGAGCAGGCCAGUCUGUCGCCUUUAGGAGAAUACCGGAUUUCCUCCAAACUGGAGUACAAGAAGUUUUUUAUAAAAAGAUGUAGCGAUCCAGUAGUCAAUGAAAAACUGCACCAACUGCGAAUUCUGAAAAGCACUUUAAAGGCCAGAGAAGGAGAGGUAGCCAUUAUAGAUAAGGUUCUCGAUAAUCCAGAUUUGACAUCUAAAGACUUUCAAGAAUGGAAACAAAUGUAUCUUGAUCUCUUCUUGGAUAUUUGUCAAAACAGUAACCCAAGGGACCCUGUAAAUGGCUCUUCUGAAGUAGAUGCACUUAUAGCCUCUUUAGCACACACCCAUUCAUACAUUGAAACGCAUGUAUAAGUGUCUUCUUUUUUGUCAAUUUGCUACAUUCCAAUCCUUUACUCAGUGCAAAAGUAGUUUUUCUAUCAAUAUGUGGGAGGUCUGGUAAAUUAUAUUUUAAUGUUACUAAGCUGUGUGAAGUAAACCUUACAUGGUCCAUGAUCCCAUUGUCUUUAAUGGGAAUUUGUAUAUUUUUAUGCUACCAAUGCUCAGCUUGUGUUUAGCUUGUGCAAAACAAAUGAACAUGGUUUUUAAUAAAUAAAAAUAUAUUUAAAAAAAAUAAAUUUUGAAAGAUGGCGAGCUUCAAAACGAAAGCUCUAGAGGAUCAAGGUUUUGUGACUGAAGGUCAGUUGAUCUCUUCAAAAAUAUAAUUUUAUACUAUAUAAUUCCAGUGUUGCAUUACAUUUUUGGAGUUCAGGUAUUAUUUUGAUUAUGUGAAAAAUUAUUUUUUUUUAUAUUUAAUGAAAAACUCUAGGAAUUUUCUUAAGUGACAGACAAAAAGGUAAAGCACUGAUUAUCGCUGAGUUUUGAUGAAAACAGACAAGAAUUAGAUAAAGAAAUAAGGACAAAAAAAAUCACUGACACAAGUUCAAGUAUCAAAAGUUCAGGUAUUAACGAUCACAUGCUUUUUAAAGCUGGUUUGUAAGAGACCUAUAGUACAGGUUUAUCAUCAGUGCAAAUCAGUUUCUUUUGUUUGUUUGUAUUUUUAAUUAAGACCAAAUUGUAUGUUAUCCCCCCUUAAUUUUAUUGUUGAUUCUUUAUUAUUAAUAAUCUGAUUACUUUCGCACUGAUGGUAUCAGGUUCAUGUGCAGCUUUUUGCAAUGACAGCAAUCAGACUUUGAUCAUGCUUGUUAAGGAUGUUUAACUCAUCCAAAAAAAGUAGCUAAAGAAAAGGAUUCCAACGUACUGCUUUCAAUCUGAAACACUUUGUCAACUCCCACAUGGCAGAGAGGGAGUAAGUAGGAUUUUUCAGCUAAUCUCCUACUUGUUUCCUAAUCUGAUAAAUUCAACAUUUUGUAUGCAGGAAAAAAGUGAUAUUAACAAGGUCAAGAAUAUAAUCUGAAAAACUAGUGACAACUAAAAAGCCUCUGUUUUGAUUUUGAAGAGGAAAGGAUGUCUCCAGCUUCUGUUGAGUUCACAAACCAAUUAAAAUGUUUUAAACUUACAUAAAGAUUUCAGCUACAUGUGAAACAACCCAGGGAACAGGAGUGAAGCAUUUACUUAGACUUGUGCACAUGCCCUGGAAUGGGCAUGGAGGAGGAAAAUCCUGAAUCAUGUACUGUAUUUAUCCUUUACCAGCUUAUUGUUUAUGAAAAGUGAACAGAGCAUGACAAAACAUUUGUGCUGCUUUUUAAUGUUUUGCUGCAGAAAUUAAGAGUCGUGACAUGGUUUGAUAAUACUCAUGGCAAAUGGAAAAGCACCCGUUAGUAGUCCUUACCAUGUGUUGUUCACUGAACCAGCUUUAGACUAUUGCCUGUACAGCUCAGUGAAUGUACUUAAACUUUAAGAGCUCGGAUAUUUACUGGUAGUUAUCUUUGCUGUUGGGAUGAAGGCAAGAAAGGAGGAGUGUCUCUCUGUUUAUUUGUUCUCAGAUUUUUUUAAUUGCAUUUUGGAUUGCAAAUGUUUUGCAGAUUUUGCACAAUUGUACAGAGGCGUGGCCUUUCUGCAGCCCAUUUGAAAUAAUUCUAAUUCAAGUCAACAUGGCUGACGAAUCAUGUAUUAAUGUUUGUAUGGAAUUCUGAAUCCAGUGUAAUAUUUGUAUCAUUUAGAAGAAUCUGUUUGUAUAAACUGGACAUUUAUUUACUGCAUGGGUACUGACUUGUAUAUUAAAUUUGUGAGGUUUUGUAUAUUUCUCAUAACAAAAAAAUGCUUGACCUGAAAUGAAUUGUACUAUUGUUCCAAGCAUUUACACUCUUGUUAUUGUUUUACUGGACCAAAAGUAAAUAUAU